AAAAUUCCCUGUCCGUACGCUCACCACGAAAACCUCCUUUAGUGGGUGGCACCGGCGUCCUGCGCGCCUCUUAAUUGCGCACCACGCAUUAACAAGCGAUCACGGAUCACAGUUUCAUCACCAGUGGCUGCGGAUGACGCUGUCUCGAGGCGGAGAGUUUGCUUCGCGUCCCGCUAUUUACGGCGUCAAGUGUGAGAGAGGAAAGGUGGGCGCAGAGUCCCAAAGGUCCAGCUAAAGGGUGGCACCCUACGCAUCUCAUCCAGCUCCUGGACACCCGGUCCCGCGACCCACAGCGACAAGGUCUGCUCCUGCAGUCCGCACGCUUCUUGUGGCCGCUCACGAUUGUGACAUUUCUCUGCUGGGUAGGCUACUGGCAACAUGUGCGCCUGGAUGGUGUGAAGUGUGACACAUCGGCUUUGGGGUUUCAUUUCUCUCGGAUACGCCAAGUACCCGACGUUACGGCGCACCUUGUGUAGAGAACCAUGAGCACUGUGGAGGAGGAGCCGGAUCACAUGAUACCAUGAAGACAAGCCUGCAGGUCCUGCGCUGCCAGCUGCUGAGUGUUCUAGCAUUCCUAGCACUGUCAGUAGGACUGGUGUCAUCAGCACAGGAGCUGUACCUCAGCCACACAUCCCAGGACUCGGUCUCCAUGUCAGCCGCCCACAGGAGCCCUAUGGCUGCCCCCAAACCUCCCCUCCUGGACCUGCGCGAGGAUGAUGGCUCCAGUAGUGGGGCAUGGUCAUCCAAAGAAGGCACUCAACCCGCAAACACCAUACUCCCUGGUGUCAUCUUCCAACCUUUGGCCUUGCUUAACACAACCCAAACUUCCAGCCUUGCUCAUGACGAUCCUCCCAUUCAUUCUACAAAGACUGUCAGCCCAAACACUGUGAGCACUGAAAGUCAUGUGAAUCAGCCCCUGGAGCCAAGUUCUGAUUUUGUAAACCAAGGCCAGAUGCACAACUUGGUCUGGGUGCCUCAAGUCCGUAACCCAUUUACUGUCAGCACUAAUCAGGCCAGCAUCAGCCCUAAAUCUCCCAGCACAGCGGUCCCAAAUAUAGAUGUGGAACCUACUGCUAGACAGGCUCCAGGCCCUCUGGCUGUUAUGUCCAGCCCUGGGUCAAACAGAGGAGACACACUAAUUGCACACAAUGUAGACCAUCAGAAGUUGAGUGUGGAAGAGCACACCAACCCCAGCUGGCAGUAUGUUUCAGAUCUGCACCGCUCCUCCCUGACGUCCCUUUCCUCUUCAUCAAUGGAUGCUGACCCAGCAUUAGGCCAACUCAGGGAGCAUGCUUGGGGUGCCUCGGUGCGGACCGCACGCCACACCAUCACUCAGAGGGAGGUGCCUGCAGUGAACGAGAACCCCACUACUGAACUUGUUACAGUCAAAAGCCCACCAGAGAAUUUAACUUCGACUGCUUUCUCUCCAGCCCUUCCCACUGGACCCAGCCUCAACACACAGAAUCCAACAAUCAUCCCAAUCAACCACACUGCACCCAACGAGACCACCACUGAGGAGGGUAAUGGUCAGGUUGUUCAAGAUAACAGCACAGACAGUACCCCUCUGGGACCCUGGUUCGGGAAUGUAACUGCAUAUGUAGGGCUGCUCUCUAACAGCAGCUCGGUCGAGGAGGCGGCUGCUCAGGGGAACAGCUCGGAGCCCCUUUCCACAGACAGUAGGAAAUACCAGAACAGGCAGGUGCCUGCCACAACCCAGGACCCCUGGAUGCCCGGCAACAGCUCAGACCCCACCGCUAACUCCCCGCAGUCCCGCCUGACCAUCUGCUUCAGCAGGAUGGACAUUGUGUGGAUCGUGCUGGCCAUCAGUGUGCCUGUGUCCUCGUGUUCUGUGCUUUUGACGGUGUGCUGCAUGAGGAGGAAGAAGAAGUCGUCAAAUCAGGAGAACAACCUCAGCUACUGGAACAACGCCAUCACCAUGGACUACUUCAGCAGGCACGCUGUGGAGCUGCCCAGAGAGAUACACACUCUGGAGAGCGAGGAGCAUGACACCUGUCUACCCCCUAAUGGAGACUACAGCGGCAGCAGCGUGGUCCUGGUUAACCCUUUCUGCCAGGAGACCCUUUUCAUCAACAGAGACAAAGCCUCUGCCAUCUAGAGACAGAAAAAACACUGUUGGGUUCUCCUCUCCUACUCCCCCUGCUGUUGUUGUCUAUUUUAUAUAUGUGGUAAAUAUUCAGAGACUUUGAAUUUAUACUGUAUAUGAAAAAAACACAAAGAGCAACCAGAAAGAAGAGUGACGUUAAACAGACACUAUUUACUAUGAGAAUGCACCCGCAUAUUUUUCUGAUGUACAUUUUCUACAAAAAGCUUAAUUGUGAUAAAAGGUUUUUAUUGUCUUUAUAAAAUACAGAAUAUGUGUGGUUUUGUUUUCAUUACAGUGGCUUGAUGGUGAGUGCACUGUGGAGGUUGCCACAUGAAAUCUGCUUUAGCGAGAGAAACGUGCUAUGAAAACAUUUAAAGCUGUUCGUUGUCAUUUUAUUUUUCUUUUAAAGUCAAUCCCAAAAUACUUAUAGCCUGUUGAACUUGAAUAGAGCACCUAUGUACUUGGGGGGGUGGGGUGGUCAGGGCCCAUAUUUAUCAAACUGAGAAAUGAAGCAAAACUUAGAAGUACAAAAGUUAUUUAAUAAAAGUGAAGAAUAACACAUAUUUACUUACGACUUACUUCUACUUACAGCAAAGAGUAAGAGCAACUUUUAAUAGCAGCUCUAAAGUGAUCACAUGAUUAAUCACAUGAAUGCUCUGAGCAGGAAUAGCCAAUCAGAGACACAGAUUUGCUUUACUGUACAUCUGCUCCGUUGUUCAUUUUCCCCCCACUUUUAUUUUAACUCAGUGAUAUUAUAUUUUUACUAAAUGUUCUUUGUGUGAAAUCCUGAAAUUUUACAUUAAAAUUUUACUAUAAAAAAUAUGUUAUAGUACAUGAUUAUUAAUUUUAAUACAUUUUACUUAUAGAGUUCUUUUGUAGAUACCUAAAAAAAAAUGCUUAACUUGUGACAAACCCAAGAAAACUAAAACACAAUAAUACAGCAACACAGAGGAGGACAGAAUCACAAAUUAAACACUUAGAGCGCCUAUAAUGAAUAUUUUUAUAAUAACAAUAUAUCAAAUGACAAUGUGAAAGGGGUCACUCGUCGUGAUGAACCUGAAGGGAAUUACCCCCCAAUCUGCAGCUCCCUCGGCUUUACAGAGCGUUAUAAUAAGUUUCAGAUCAUUGUUGAGCAGUUCUGCCCACAACUUUAUUGUUCACUCUCAUCACUCUCAUAGCCGUGCACUCGGUUGCAGCAUGCCAUUGAACACUACCAGCUCAGCAGCAAACAGCAGAGACAUACAGUUAGAGACGAGCUGGUGAACAUAGUCAAGCAUUUAGCAGCUAAAAAGCCAAACAUUUCCCUCAGGAGUUGGCAGUGUCCAAGACCAGAGGUAAAAAGAGUGUAAUGGACUUCAUCAGGGGUCCAGAAACACGGCUCUAAAUUAAUGAUCUUGUUGCUCCAUGUUUGCUAACAAGUUUGGUAUAUCAACUUAAUUGAAAACUGGAGCAGGACAGUGAAGGUACCCAGAAAGUGAUCGCAAAUAAAAUCUAUCUUUUUUACCCGUUUUUACCCCUGAUACCUCUGGAGUUCUCUUGCAUUUAAGAGCAUUGUGAAGUCAUGAGAAAUUAGAUAAAUAGCUUCUUUUCUCAAGUUUGUGAGUAAAACUAAAGGAUUUUAACUUUCACCUGAGUCCACAAUUGAACUUUUGGAGUUUGAUAAAUACGGGCCCAAAUUUUAAUGGUUAAUUUGAGCAGAAUAUUCAGGUGAUUUGGGGUCAACAUCCUGCAGUUUUGACUGAUUUAAAAUAGCUUUCCCCUCAUGUGUCACCAGCUUCUCUUUAGAGGGACCACAUAGAUGUCUUAAUUCCUUAUGUUGCCCCUUUAUAUAUCAGUAUGUAUGUGUGAAUGCCCUGUGUGUGCAUGUAAGCAUACUGUGUGAAUGUGCAGUAAAGUGUGGACGAAUGAGUUCAAAUGUGCUGCCCCCUUAAUCAAAUAUCACUGUUACUUUGAGUCAAGACUUUGCUCAGUUUUAUCUGUGUGUGUGUGUGUGUGUGUGUGUGUGUGUGUGUGUAUCUGUUUCUGUGUGUACCUCUGUGUGUCUGUCUGUAUCGUGGAGUGGCUACUGGUGAUAUCCCAGUUUGAGAAACAGUUUCUCAGUGCUGUAGGAAACAAUUAGACCAACCUUGCUCCUGUAAAUGUCUCCCUCCAUAAAUAAUGUUUUUGUCAAUCAAUGCAAACUGUUUGUUGAAGUGUUGAAUGAUUGUGAAUUAGUUGCUGGACCACAUAAUACUGUCAAAAAUCUCCAAUAAAAACCCUGAGAUAAAUAAUGUAUGCUGAAUAUUAACUGUAAGCACAUACAGAGGCAGUUUAAUUUUAAAAAGUACGUUUGAAUAUUUUGUUUAAUUAUUGAACCUGUGGUCCUUCUGUUACCUGUUUUACUUUGCAUUGCUGCAGUUUUAUUCAAUAAUCAAUGCUGCCUGCCUCUAUCGUCGCAAAAGAUUUUCUGCAUUGUGAGAAAUCACUGAUUUAAAAGGCAAUGCUGAAUAACACGGUUAAACAUAUUGAUAUUUCAUGCAUUGGAUGCUCACAGCUGGGCUUCUUGUUUUGCACGCUCAAAAGUGGAUAUUUUACAAAACGUUCAGUGGCACGGUGGAACAGUGUGAACAUUAUGUAUUUUUUGUACUGUAGUAUAUACUGUACUUUUUACUGCUGAGCAAUAAAACAGAAAAAAAAACA